UUCAAUACAUGAGCAAAGAGAGUAUGAUUUCUGAAAAAAGAAUAGCAAUCAAAUUUGUUCUUGUUGUUCUUUCUUGUGUGUUUGUUUCAGGAGAUGCGGAAGUGAGAUGCAUCGAGAGUGAGAGAGAAGCACUUCUUAGCUUCAAAAACGGCCUCAUCGACGAGGAUGGUGUUCUUUCGUCGUGGCGAAGCAACGAAUGCUGCAAUUGGCAUGGUGUGGAGUGCAGCAACACCACUGGCCAUGUCAUCGCCCUCAAAUGUGAUCAUUUUGGAUUGCGAGGUGAGGUUCGUUCUUCAUUGCUUGAGUUGCAUCGUUUAAGUCAUCUCAACCUGGAUUGGAAUGAGUUUGGAUCCAUUCCAAUUCCAGAAUUCAUUGGGUCUAUGAAACAAUUACAACACUUGUCUCUUGAGCAUUCUGGCUUUUAUGGGAAAUUUCCUCCUCAGUUAGGGAACCUUACCGACCUACGCUCGCUUGCACUCGGUUGGAAUGGUUUUGAGACUGUCCCUCCUGAGUUAGGGAACCUUACCAAUCUACGGUCACUUGAUCUUAGUUUCAAUAGUUUGGUGAUCAUCCCUCCUCAAUUAGGGAACCUUACCAACCUACGCUCACUCGAUCUUAGUUUCAAUAGUUUGGUGAUCGUCCCUCCUCAAUUGAGGAACCUUACCAACCUACGCUCACUUGACCUUAGUGGGAAUGGUUUUGGAGGCACUUCAAUCCCAGAAUUCUUUGGUUCCAUGAAACAAUUGCAAUACUUGUCUCUUUAUCAUUUAAAUUUUUCUGGGGUUGUUCCUCCACACUUAGGAAACCUUACCUAUCUACGCUCACUUGAUCUCUCGUUUAACUCUUUGACUUCAAUGUCUCUUUUAAUACUUGGUUCUGUGUUGGAAUCACUCCAAAUACUAAACUUAUCUGGAAAUCAAUUCAACGGAUCGAUCCCAGACGUGAGACCAUUUCCUUCGUUGACAGACUUGGACCUCUCCGGAAACAACUUUACAGGUCCCAUUCCUCUGAGUCUUGGCCAACUCUCCGAGCUUCAAAAUCUAGAUCUUGCUUAUAAUUCUUUGGAAGGUUUAGUGUCUGAAUCCCACUUCAUAAAGCUUGAUAAGUUAACUUCACUGGAUUUAUCCUUCAAUCCAUUAUUGAACUUGGAUAUUGCCCCUGAUUGGAGUCCUCCUUUUCAGUUGAGUAGAAUAUAUUUAGCUGAGUGCGAUAUGGGUCCAUAUUUUCCAAAAUGGAUACGAUCUCAGAGGAAUUUGUCAUCCCUUGAUCUCAGUGGUGCCAAUAUAAGAGAUGAAGUCCCCAUAUGGUUGUGGAAUACGUCUUCCUUAUUAGAUAUCAGUCUCUCCGACAAUCAAAUAAGUGGUACGAUUCCGAAUCUCUCAUCCACCUCCAUCCAUUUUAUGGAUCUUAGUAACAAUCAGUUCUCAGGUCCUAUACCAUCAUUUCCUGCAAAUACUGACGAGAUUCAGUUGAGUGAAAAUAUGUUUUCCGGUUCAAUUUCAUCUAUCUGUGAAACUCACCAUGAUCGGCUUGUGACCCUUCGCCUCUCCAAUAAUCUGUUGGCAGGACAGGUUCCCAACUGCUGGGAGAAAAUGCCCAAAUUGUUUUCCCUCAAUUUGGCUAACAACAAAUUUUCAGAUGAAAUACCUGCCUCUUUGGUCGAGUUACAAAACCUUCGUGCCCUACAGAUGCAUGGUAAUAAUUUAUCUGGCGAAUUGCCUUAUAGUUUGAGACAUUGCCAAACAUUGAGUUUCUUUGAUGUUGGAGGCAACAAGUUAACAGGAGAGAUCCCAACUUGGAUUGGCCAGUUGCAUAACAUGAUAAUUCUAAAUCUUCGUGGAAAUAAAUUGCAUGGCAGUAUUCCUUCCCAGAUAUGCAAUCUUACAUUUAUUCAAAUUCUGGAUUUGUCGAUAAAUAACUUUUCUUCGAUAAUACCUGAUUGCUUCAACAAUUUUCCUGUCUUGUCUAGUGAGUAUGAGUAUAUCCAAAAUCCAAACUUUUAUGAAAUUCUUUUUGGUCAAAUAACCCGUAUGAAUGAAAAUAAGCACCAUGGAUAUUCAUCAUUUCAAUGGAAAGGCAAGGAAUCAGAAUAUUGGAAUAACAUCGAACAACUCAAACUCAUUGAUUUUUCAAGCAAUAGAUUGACCGGUAACAUUCCCAAAUCAUUUUCCACUAUGAGGGGAUUAAUAUCCUUGAAUCUAUCAAGAAAUAGUUUGACAGGAUAUAUUAUUCCAGAUAUUGGUAAUAUGGAGGUGCUAGAUGCUCUUGAUCUAUCUCACAACCAACUCUCUGGCAAGAUACCUAUAAGUUUGGCAAGAAUACACACUCUUGGUUAUCUUGAUUUGUCAAACAACAGUUUGUCUGGAAAAAUUCCAACGGGUACUCAACUUCAGAGCUUCAAUGCAUCGUCUUAUGCUGAUAAUGAUGGACUAUGUGGCGACCCUCUACCAAAGUGCCCCGGAGAUAUCUUGAGGCCAUCCACCACUAAUUCGAAGGGAAACAUGAAUGAGAAAGACAGCGUCUUCUCAUUUAUGCAAGAAGUUGGCAUAUCAAUGGGCUUUGGUUUUAUCUUUGGAUUUUGGGGAGUUAUUGGUUCAUUCAUAUGGAAGAAAUCAUGGAGAAUUGCAUUCUUCAACUUGUUGGAUGCUGUUGGAGAUUGGUUCUACGUCAGGAUUGUUGUGUUUGUAUCCAAAUGGAGAAGAAAUUGAAAUGCAAUACAGCUGUGACACUGCUCGCUUUAGAGAUGAAACAAGGUGAACAAACUUGGAGUUGGUGAUCUUAUUUAAUUUUAAUGUUUUAGUGUUUUUACUUUCCUUUGUAAACUGUAUGUUGGUAUGUAUUUGUUUU